GAUCGAUCGCCCGCUCCGCGGUAAAACCGGUAAGACCUAAUCGGGCAAUAAAGCUGCAUUAUCUGCAGCACCGGAUCAGAUUCGUGAAGUUAAUGUCGGCCGACGGCCACUGACUCUCGCACUAGCACUGCUGCAACGUUUCACUAAAAAGAGUAGUACAGGUAGAACUCUAGGACAUAGUAGAAAUCGACCGGGAAGGACUCGGCGAAUUAUGGCGACAGAAUUCAGAAACUUGCUGCUGAAGAUCUCCAAGCAGCUCAAGAAACACGAUGUGGAGGCCAUCGUAUCGGCCGCUCGACUCCCGCGCGAGAUGCGGGAGCAAUCGGCGGAGACGGUACUGACCAAAGUCGGCGGGAACGGCGAUCUCUCAGUCGCUAACAUAGACGCAGUCAUCGACGUGAUGAGACAAAUCGGAAAGAGCGAUCUGUACAAGGAGGUGAAGAUGUUCAAGAAGAAAUCACGGAAGAAGCUCAUGGACGGCACGAGCCAGCCAGCGCCGCCGGCGACGACUGGCGAAACGGGCUCCGAGAAUAACUUCGACGUGGCCGAAAGAGAGGCGUUCCAGUUACUCAACACCUUGGAGAAGCUUGAAGGUGCCGAGGUAGUAGUCGGCGUAGACAGAAUCAAAGAACUUCAUUCAGAAGCAAAGGAACUGGCCGAGAAUCUACUCCGAGUAGUCCGCCGCGCGAACGUCCUCUCGCGGGCGGCAGAUCCGCGCAGCAGCCCCCCGUCGCUUACCUCGUCCGCCGAGUGUUCGGACGUCGUAGCGGAGGCUUCUCCGCCAGAAGCAUCCACGGCAGGGUUCAGGGAGCGACUGACGCGUAGACUGCAGGGCAGCAACAGGUCGAAAGUCUCCAAGGAGAGGACGCCGUCGCCGAAAUCACAGCGAAAGCUGAAGAGAAGUCAGACGGACGUGGCCAUUGGAGCCGUCAAGACGCAUCCCUCAACCUCCACUCUGCGGCUAUCCCCACCUUCCCGCCCCGCCGCUGGCUCUGACUCUGAGGACGACGACUACCACGAAUACACACAGCCUGACUGGCCUGCGGGCUCGCCAGUGGGGGCUGUUGUACAUACCCUGCCCCAGCAGGUACCGCAGAGAAAGCAUGCUAAGACGCUCCCUCGGGGCCCCAUCUCCUCCGGAAGCAGUUUUGGGAAGAAAGACACCACAGUCCUCGCUACCCUUCCCAGAAAGAACAGCAAGAACGGUGUUGGACCAGACCAGGUUCCCCUGCCUCCCCAGGAGCGCCCGCCACAGGACCUCUCUGAUAGCGACCUUGACUACGACGAUGUAAUCGGAGUCCUUGACAUGUACAACUCAGAGAAGGUCAACGGGAGCACGCCACGCAGCAAGCCACGGUCUUUACACCCCGAAGGAUUUAGAGGAAACAUCACACGCAACGAACCAUCUCCCACCUGUAGUACACCGAGCAGUGAAGUUGCCAGUCCGCCACCCACCCUACCCAAGCCCAAUUUAAAAACGCUCGCCGGAAAGGGAGCUGUUUCUCCAAACAUCACUCCUGCCAUCCCAAUCCGUGGAAGCUCACUGAAGUCGGGCCAACAAGCCACCACAGCACCCACAGGCUCUACUCACACCUCCAGAUCUCUCCAAUCCAGCCUACCACAACCCUCUCGCUCUGAAACAACCACCCCUAACCAACCCAUGGUGGAUAUUCAGCAGGCCCUGAAGUUGAAGCAGAUGACGGGAAGUCCACAGAGCUUUGGCAGUAGUGUCGGAGGUGGGAGCGAUCGUGUGUCCCCGCACCCUGUCAGCCUCGCAAAGGCACUCGAAAUGUCAACCAGCGCUGGCUUCAACUCUGAGUGCAACGACUCGUGCAACUGUACCGGGGACAGCGGUUUUGAUGAGUUCACGCCAGUGGCCGCCGCAUGGAACAAGAGCGUGCCACCACCACCUCUGCGACCAAAACCAAAGACUUCGAAGCAACACGCAGAGCAGCAGCAACAGAGCUAUACGAACAUCACCAUUCUCAGCCCCACCUCCCCACCGUCACCUCCUCACCACACCUCCAUAUCGCACCUGGCACCUACCUACGGCUCCAACAACACGACCCCCUCCCCACCCACAACUGAUCACACCACGAUAUCGCCCAUGGGCCCCAUGUACAACACCAUCACCAUUGAAGAGCAGAGUCAAGAUUCAGGACCAGAGGACGAUAACUGCCCGGACUACGUGAAUGUAAAGCAGUACGUAGAGCCCACAUGAUGACACAGUCUCCCCAGACCUCUAUUGCUGCUAUCACCCCCACCCUACAAACACAAUUCACCUCUCACCAUUUAGUGUGUGUGUGUGUGUGUGUGUGUGUGAAAUCUGCCUACUAAACCACCCCUCAUGCACUGCCGCUGCCAUGCCUGUGUAUUAUACACUGUGUGUAUUGCAUUUUUCCGUGUGUCCCAUAUUUCCUUAUGACUGAGUUAAGGAAGUCAAUAUUCAUCAUUGUCAUCACUUGCAUGGCAUACAAAACCUUCACCAGUUGAUACAGUUUGUGAUCAUUUUGUGUCCAUUUGUGUCUGAAAACAGCUCCCUAAAUUAUUAUCUUUGUGUCCCUCUCUUCAUCUCUUCUUCAGCCAUAAUAUUAUUUCCCCCCAUUUGAAAACCACUGCUGUCUACAGUUCAGGGUGCGGUAGACUCGUAGCUCCAGGGAUGACUGGCCAAUGAGACUAACACACAGCCCCUUCUUCAGUCUGGAAUCUCUUGGAUAAGGUUACUUCAGCAGGAGCAGCAUAUGGACCAAUGGCCUGUGGUAGAGAGGAAUGGACUGACCUUAGAUUUGAGCUUGGAGAGUUGUAUGUAUAGUGCAAAACAACUGAGCUGGAGCAUGUAGAGUGACUUGACCACAUCCCUUGUGGUGCAUCUCUUUGGGGUGAUUAGUGUUUAAUUGCUCCAACUGGACCUAUUAUUAUUGCAAAAGAAGAAACCUGCCAGGGCAGCUUUUAAGGCUAGUUCACCACAUACUCUCCAAAAAGAGGACCACAUUUUGGAGUGACCUCAUUUUACCCACUAUUAGGUUACCUUAAAUGCCCAUAAUUCAUCCACAAUUAAGCCUAGAUCCAAUUUAAUAAGAAAAAACACAAACACAGCCAGAGCCUCAGCUUCCCUGACACCUGUUCCUUCACAAGGCAUGCAAUUACACAUCUCAUCUGCAGAGUGAGGCAUGCAGUACUAGUCACAUGGAGGCACUCCUAACCCACCACAGGACCAUUUUUGUACAGAGUCUGGUGCAAGACACUGCAGGAAGCACCUUCAACGUGUU